AUAUAGCAAAUGCAUCUCUGACACCCGUUCAUGUGACAGUUGUAUAAGUGUGUUUGAUUUCGUAGUUGACGUAUUCAAUUUUUUGUUUAGGAGAAAAAAAGAAAGAUAUCGACUGUGGAAAUUGUCAGCAGAAAACAAAUAGCCUUUGCAGCUUUUGUAAAAAUUUGCCCGUGAUUGCAAACAAUGUCAGUGCCGAGAGAAUAUGAUAAGCCACCCCCGUACUCACCUACUCCUGGUUACAUGCCAGAAAAUGCUGCUACAAUUCAGCCGCCGCCGCCACCACCUCCGGGAUAUCAACCGUAUAUUAAUCAAGCUGCCCCCAUUCAGGGUAACUAUGUACCAACCUACGGAGCAACUACCAUCACAGUGCAGCCACAGGAAAUAAUAAUUGUAGGAGCGUGCCCUGCAUGCAGGAUUGGUGUACUUGAAGAUGACUACACAUGCCUCGGAAUAUUCUGUGCCAUUUUCUUCUUUCCACUAGGCAUACUUUGCUGUUUGGCUUUGAAGAACAGACGAUGUUCAAAUUGUGGAGCAUAUUUUGGUUGAGAAUCAUUGUUGUUUCUGGGAAAGCAUUCUAGUUAUGUGGAUCUUUUACAUAUGUAACAGAAGAGCAAUAUUGACGUUAAAGAAAGUGUUAUUAAUUUUCGUAGAUGAUUUUUUAUGUAUGUUACAAUAUCCACACUUGUGAAUUGCAAGUUGCCUUGUAGUGCAGUGUAUCUACAUACUAAUUUCUUUAAGAAGUAAGUGUACUGUGAGAUGAAUUCUCAUUUGUGUAAUAAAAUGUGACAUAUUUUUAUAGCUCGAGUUACAAAGUAAAGCAUACCUUUAUAUUUUUGUGGGCCACUUGUUGUUUAGACAUUUUGGAGUCGUUGCAUAAAUAUGCUUAAGAGAGUCUAAAAUUCCAUGACAGUGAAGAGUCAGUUUUCACUGCUACAUUAUUGAAAUACCAUUAUAAUAGCAGAAAGGUGGCAUUUUUGUAUGUCCUGUUAUUAAAUUGUGUAAUGAUUUUAAAGCAUUAUGUCAUCAUUAUUCACAGCUGUAUGGAAUGAGGAGGAUUGCUGAUUUUAAUGCAGUGGCUUGUCAUUCCUCAGAAUACAUGUAAAAUGUACUUAAUGUUAUUUUAAAGUAUGUUAAUUAAAAAUCUCUUAACUAUUACCAGAAGUGUAAUGAAGAAAUAUCUUGAAAUAUUAGCAACCAAAGAAUUUCUAUUAAACAAAUUAUAUUUAAAAAUAAUAAGUGCCUUUUUUAGUAACUGCAUUGACAUUUCAUGGUUGCUUAUUGGGGAGUGGAGCAUAAUUUCUUCCCACUAUCUGAUAGAUUUAAUUAACCAAUAUUAUAAGUAAUUGUUAAAACUGUUUGGCUACAAACUGCCAUUGCAGAAGAAUAAUUUGAGCUGCACAUAGUAAAAUUUCUAAAUGUAUAAGGCCACUUAAUAUCAAUACCAGUUGCAUCUUGGACCGUACAUUCCAACUCUUUCUCAUACAGAGACAAAAUGUCUUGUAAAAGAAUGUAGAACAACAAAAAGGAGGUUGUCAGAAAGAACACAACAGGGAAGAAAUAAAAUUGAUUGUUCUGACAGCAACCACCAGAUAAAUGGACUGUUUGUAAGUGGCUGAUUAAGGAGCUUCAGAUUGUGCACAGCACCAUUGAGACUUCCUUUAAAAUAACCACAGAUAAGGUAUUAUAAAAAAGAAAUUGAAAUAGUUAAGGGAGUGUGUAAAUUGAUUGUCAUACUCGUGUAUUAUAAUGAAUAAAAAGUGUUACAUUUGGGUGGUGGUGGUGGUAGUAGUAACCUUAAGCAGGCUAAUCUUUAAAUGAGUUCAAUGAAACGGAUAUACACAUUGAAAGCUGAUUUUCAAGUUUGGUUUCCUUUUCUAUACUGUGCAGACUAAGCAGAACUUUUAAAACAAAUGAAUUAUUUAUAGAAGCUGUAUGUUGUGUUCUGUGCUCCUAAUUGCUUCUAAAAAUUUCACUUACAUAUAUCACUGUAAUGUACUGGUGAAACUGAUGAUUAUAAUAGUAACAGAAGCACCUAAAAUCAUGAAUACAAUAUGUUUGACUUGGCAACACUGCUUGUACAUACAAGUUACUGAAGUGCAAGAAAUUUGGUAGCAAUGCGCUUGUGGCUGUGUUUCAUAUUCAUGUAAGCUAAGCAUGUGAGGCAACUAGAAAGAUAUUUGGGGAAGUGUAUCAAAAACUUAUACGAUGAUUGUGCACGUGGACAGCAAUACUUCAGUAAAAAGCCAUGGAAGAAA